AUGCUGCCGGUGGUACCAGCCUCUCGGCUGCAUCAAGCAUCUCAAAGACAGACGGAGCAGAAGCAGAAGGACUACCUGCACCUCAUCAAGGCAGCCGGCUUCCGAGGGAACUGGCGAGAAGUCGCGGCUUUAGUCAGCGAGAUGGGAGGGAAAGGAGUCGAGGGCAACGUGUACAUCUACAACACCGCCAUCGCCGCGAUGGCGCGUUGCGGCCGCCCGCGGGAAGCCGAGGCAUUGCUCACGGUCAUGCUCGAGCGCGACUCUAUUGCGCCAGACACGAUAUCCUACAACUCGGCCAUCAACGGGCACGCGCGUUGCGGGGACCUGGACGCAGCCCGGCGCCUCCUGGGCCGCAUGACGGAACUAGCCUCCGGCGGCGCUCUUCUGCACCCCGACCAGUUCACCUACAACGCCGUCGCCAACGCCGCCGCGAAGAGAGGGGACGCGGUUGCCGCCGCCGAAGUCCUCAAGAUGAUGGCGGAGGCAGGCGUUACUCCGAACAUCAUUACCUACAACUCUUGUCUGGCGGCGUGCAAAGCCAAGGGCGACCUGCGAAGGGCGGUAGUGCUGCUGGAGAUAAUGAGGGAGGACGGGAUAGAUCCAGACCAGAGGAGCUAUUCGGCCGCGAUUGCCACCGCCGGCAUUCGCGGCCUUUGGGAAGAGGUGCAAGGUUUCCUAGAGACCAUGAGAGAAGAGGAUUUGACGCCUGACACGGUGACCUUCAAUACGGCCAUCAAGGCGGUGGCUGACAACGGGCAGUGCGACGUGGCGUUUUCGUUGUUGGCCGAGAUGAAGAACGAGGGACUAACGCCUGACCAGAUCAGCUACAACGGCGUGCUGGGUGCGUGUGGGAACGCCGGGGAGUGGAAGGCGGCGCUCCGGCUCUUGGAAGACAUGCGACAAGCAGGAGUCACCCCCAACGCGUACAACUACUCCGCUGCAAUGGACGCUUGCGGGAAAGCUGGCCGGCAGCGAGAGGCCCUCGCCCUUCUCGGGCAUAUGCGGAAGGCCGGGGUCCGGGCGGACACCGCCUGCUACAACGCCGCCAUCGACGCCUGCUCCGUGGCCAUGGACUGGACCGCGGCCGUACAGUUGCUGCAGGAAAUGAAACUCGGGGUAGCCGGCGCCGCGAGCGGCGGCGCCCCCGGGGGAGGGGGCACGGCAGGCGUCGAGGUAGCCCCCCCGCCCGAUGUCGUGAGCUACGCGAGCGCCAUAACGGCGUGCGCACGCGCACGGCGCGUGGACGAAGCCCUCGGUCUUCUGUCCGAGCUGCGGGUGAACGAGGCGCAGGCGGCCGCGGCCGCGGCCGGGGACGUGGCGUGCGGGGCGGAGUUGCUGGACGAAAUGAUCGCGGCCGGCUUGCGCCCGAACAAGAUUCAUUGCGACACCAUGGUUGCGGCAUGGUCCGCGGAAGGAAAGCCGGAGCGUGCCGUGGCUCUCAUGAGGCGCCUGCAGUCCCAUGGCUUUGAGCCUUCGCUCUACACCUACGAGACCAUAGUCUGGGGUUUCGCAAAGGAGGCCAAUUGGGCAGCUGCGGUUCGCUUCCUGGCGUACGUGCUUGGCCUGGGGCUGCAGCCAAGCGUUCGCUCGUGGGAUGCCGCCAUCGCAGCUUGCUCGCAGGCGGGCCACUGGGAGCGGGCGCUCGCCCUGCUGGCGGACAUGAGGAAGCAGGGCAUUCGCCCGAGUAAGGUUACCUACACCGCUGCCGUGGUGGGGAUCAACCGCCGGCGAUACACCGACUGGGCCCCGGAGCUUGCGAACAUCGCGCGGCUCCUUCAGAACGGGCCGGGGUCCCACGGCGGCGGCGGUGGCGGCACCGCCGCAACACAAAAAAGACGAGGAAAGGCGGGAGGCGACGGGGGUGGGGGCAAGGGCGAAGGAGGGGGUGGGGGGUGCGGGAGCGGCGGCGGCGGGGGGCCGUCCCCGGAAGAGCUAGACUGCUCGAUAGAGGCCCUCGGGGACGCCGACGACGCCGGGGGCGCGACGAACCUGCUGAGGGUGAUGCGCCGGGAGGGUUUCCACGCGUCGCCGAGGGCCUACCGGUCGGUCGUCUACGCCUGCGCGAGGGUCGGGCUGCUCGACGAGGCCAUGACGCUAGCGAAGGAGAUGCAGAGCUCCAGCAGCAGUGCGUUCGCGGCGCAGCGGCAGCAGGCCGAUGUUGAGCCGCCGAAGCGACUACGAGAACAAGAACCCCCGUCGUCUUUCAAUGAUGACUGCGAGGUCGAGAACAGAAGCAUCGCAGAAGAAACCCGUGCGGACGAGCCUCCGGCGCUGGGAGACGGGGCUUCUCUUGGUGCGGCGGCGAGUUUCGCCGAACGGGGACUGGAAGAAGAGACUGAAAGGGAAGCAAGGAACGGUGGCGUAGCGUCGGAGCUGGUACCGCGCAGAGUCCCAUCGACAGGGGCCGCCUCGGGUGAAGACUGCGUCGAAGAGGGGUCUUUGGUGGCUAGCAACGACAGAGGCAACGGCAACCUUGGCGCUGUCAACGAAGACGAGGACGGGGCGGAGUUCGACCUCGCGAUGGUGUACAACUGCAUCAUCUGCAACUUCGCCCGCGCGGCGACGGGCGACGGCGGCGGUGCCGGGGGUGUCUGCGACCACCGCGUCGGGAGGGCUCCCGCCGGCGCGUCAGUGCUGGCGGUAGCUGAAAAGGCAGCAGCUGUAGCUGCAUCGGCGGUUGCGGAGGAGACGGGAGUUGGCGGUGGGGAGCGAGGAGGGAGGAGCGGUCCUGGCAAGGACGGGGGGCGUGCGGAAGCGCGGGGUGGCGACGUGCCGGGAGAAGGGCUCGUUGCCCUCUUGUUUGGUGUCGCCGAACGAGCCGAAGGAUCGCUCACGGACGAGGCGGCCAACGGCGGAGUUGAGAUCGACCACGACGAGGAAGUUGCAUGACACGACAGCAGUGAGUGUUGGCCUUGCCAUAUGUUUCGCUCCAUCUUGGUUUGUGUCGGGAAUGGUGGGAAUGGUGGUGGUGGUGGGAAUGGUGGUGGUAGACGCAGAUAGGUUCGGCGAUGAGGUCUGCUUAAGAGGGCUUGAAGAUGGGAUGUGUACCUAGGUGUUGCAGCUCUGUACAUCAAUUCGAAAGUAGAGAACUGGAAAAACCCCAUCCUUGCUGCGUUUUCUUCCUUGCUUGCUUGGGGGGGUUAUGAGGCGUUGCAUAUGUUUGUCCGCGGCGUGGUGUAGUCGGCUCUCUUCGAUAUAUUUUGUGUAUCAUAAGUUUGUUGCUCUUGAAGUUUGAUCCCGCAUGGUCGUCCUCGAAGGAUGCUAAAGCAUCUCCGUCCGCCCCUUUUGUUGCAAGGAAUUUUUGUGAGAGGAAGAAAUAUUUUGAUCACAGGUAUUGCCGCCCCCCUUGUAAGAAGCACAACGCCCGCAAGAGGCCAGGCUCAGAUAUAUGAAGGGGUUAGGAGUUGGAUUCAGCCGUUGAAACUGCUCUAAAUGCUGCAUGGUAGCGCUGAUGCUC